AGUAUUAUGCUGAGACAAGAGAUUAUUGGCAGAGAAAAUAGGUCCACCUACCUGUCAGGUUCUGAUCUGCUUUUCCUGGCACUUUUUGUGACUUAUCAAAUUCUACCAUCAACGCGAGCACUCCCAAUAGAUUGCCAAAGGAACACUGCAGUCUGUUUGGAAGAAAUAAUGAAGGAAGUCACCCAAGUUCGAUUUGAGGUUAAAAUUCUCAUGGAGAACAAAACAUUGGCGAAACCUAAGAACUGUGUUGAGCUCUACCAUUCCGGUCAAAGGAUCAGCGGUAUUUACACGAUCGACCCAGAUGACUCAGGUGCUUUUAAUGUGUAUUGUGACCAAACUACUUCUGGUGGGGGAUGGACAGUCUUCCAGAAGAGAAUGGAUGGCUCUGUUGAUUCUAAUCGCACCUGGAAUGACUACAAACAUGGCUUCGGUAACUUGGUCGGUGAAUUUUGGCUCGGACUGGACAAGAUAAACCGACUGACACAAAACAUAACAAAGAACAUGCUUCGAAUAGAUCUGGGGGUAACUACGCGCCAAACUGUUCACGCUGAGUAUGAAUGGUUUGGGAUUGGAAAAGGGACGGCUGACUACCGGCUGUACAUUGGCAAUAUGACAGUUGAGUCCGCGCUCCUCCGUGGACAGUUUGCUUUCGAAGCUGCUUGA